AUGGCAAAGGAAAUAUCGGUUGCAAUUCCGAUGGAGGAGGGUGAUCCACUUGGAGCGGUACCCAAUGACAAACUUGUUAUUGUGAAGGUGCAACCAGGGACGCUUGCUGAUGGGAAGCUAAAGGUUGGCGACCAGGUGCUAAAGCUGAACGAUACAAUGGUGCAGAGCUGUGACCAUUUCUUCCAGCUUCUCCGUUUUGCACCGCCAUGUGCAACCUUAACACUGGUACGGGAUGAGCAAAAAGCAGCGGAACUUGAGGCCAAGAUGCAUAUCCCACCGGAGCGCGCUAAAUUCAUCACUCGCCGUGACGGAUAUGCGUAUUUCGUAGCACGACUUGAUUGGAAACCCGGCGGUCCCAAGCUUGGUCUCGGCAUCAAGCACUACCAGAAUCGAGUGCUUGUAUCGCGCUGUGAUCCGAAUUCGCUCGCAUCGCAGCAGCUUCAAGUUGGCGACCACCUGAUCGACAUCGACGGUCGUCCGGUUACUGAUAAGGAUGUGUGCCGAGAGCUUCUCCUCAAAAGUCUCCAAGCGCAGCGUUUUGUGACCACUGUUGUGGAACGCCCAGAAACAAUGGAAGCCAGGCACUGGGUCCAAAACGCUCUUGCCGCAUCUGCCGCCCAGGCCCCUUCAGUGGCAAUGAACAGCGAUGUUCGCGAGAUUGCUGCUAGAGAACGCCAAAAACUUAAGAAGCCUUCUCAAGUGAGUUCCAACGAUACAUACUACUGCCAGCGACUCUGA